GAUGAGACUAAACCACCACAGAGGAAGAGGUUGCUGUUCUUCCUGGAUCUUUGAGUGAAAACCUGUCAGUCGUGGUGCUUGUGAGCUCGGUUCUGCUCAGGAUGCUGCUGGUUCUGACCGAGGAGCACAGAGAACACCUGUCCAUGCUACCGCAGGUGGAGCCUUCAGUGGUGGGGGAGUUCGGUCGCAUCGCCCUGGAGUUCCUGAGGAGAGGAACCAGCCCGAAGAUCUACGAGGGAGCAGCCAGAAAGCUGGGGGUUUCUGUGGAGGCGGUGCAGCAGGGGGUGGAGGGCCUGAUGUUCCUCCUGAUGGAGAGCUCCAAACACACAAUAUCUGAAGUGGACUUCAUGGACUCUGUGCUGAUUCUGGGCUUUGGUGAGGAGCUAAACCAGGUGCUGCUACAGCUGUAUCAGGAUAAUCAGGUGCAGAUUCGCAGAAUCCUGAGCCAACUGAUUCCAAGUCAGCCAGCCUUCCAUCAGCUGGAGUGGAGGCUUGAUGUACAGUUGGCUAGCCGCUCAUUACGGCAGCGGCUGGUCCCCACGGUAACCAUGCGGCUGAUGCUGUCAGAAAAUGAGGAGGGCCAGCGCAGCACCAGAGUCCUGCAGACAGACCCCAGCACCCUGCUGCACCUGAUCUCCACUCUGGAAGCUGCUUUGGCUGCGGUGAAGACCAGCCACUCUCGCCGCAUCCUGAGGAACAUCAAAUAGUUCCACCAGAGCGCCUUUGAGUCACAUGGGAGGGGCUUAGCUGCAUCUCUGACAGAGCCCUCUUCAAAGGGCAGAUGUUCCUCAGAUCAGAGUCCAAUUCUGAAACUUGGAGCUUUGAAAGACAAGAGAGGACUUUGCACAGGUUUGGGAAUGUGACCAUGAACACUUCACAGGGCAGAGCUUCAGCCAGACCUCCGGGUUGGGAGGUACCUGUUGUAAGUUCUGAAAAUCUGCUUUUGGAGUCUGACUAGUGUUACUGCUGUGGAGGCUGUUUCUCCUCCUCCUCUGGAGUUCAGCUAAUGUUUGCCUUCAAGCUGCUGGUCUUGGGUCUAAACUGAAACAAAAAUAAACAAUUUGUACACAAAACCAAGCUCUCUCAUUGUUCUGCACAUGUUCCUGCCUCCUGCACCAAACUGGCGCACAAGACUUGUGAGUUUUUCAGACACUGAUGCACAUGUAAACACGUUUACGCUCGAGCACGUGUAAAUGUUUUUGUAAAUCUAAAGCUGUGGUCUGUAGCAGCUGCCAUAAGAAGGUACAGCUACAAAUAAAAAUGAAUGAAUCCAAA